AGGGUUUUUUUACUGUAAAAUAAGCAAACGGGUGGGAACCCCGCAUUUCUGCGCGGCAGGCUGGGCGGGCCGCCCCUCCCCGUUCCCCCCAGGGGCGGCCGCGGUUGUUGUGACCAAAGUUUCCGCGGGGCGCCGAAAACACAGGGAACGAGGGGGGCUAGCAGGGUACCGAAGGGACAGGGCUGCCCCGGGACCACCGGCGACCCCGCGGGAGCGCGGCUGGGGGAGGGCAGCGCCGGUUCUCCGGCACUACUGUUAUUAUUCUUAUUUUUAACUCUUAUUAUUUCCCCUCCGCCCCUCCGCAGGCGCGGCGGGAGCUCCCCCCUCACUCCCGCCCGCCGCCUCACACGGCGGGAGGGGCGGGGCGGAGGCGGCGGGGGCGGAGGUAGCGCGGAGGGGGGGGCGUGGCUCCGCUCCCCUCUGCGCCCGCCACGCUGAGACCGGGCGCAACUCAUCGCCGCAGUGGCGGCGCUCGCCGGCUCCUUUAAGCGGCCGUGCCCCAUUGUUUGCGCCGCGGCCAAUGGGCGCCCGGCGGCCGCGGCGCGCGCGGCCAAUGGGGCGCGGCGCGGGGCAGCGCGCGCGCCGCCCCCCGGCUCUAUAAGAGGGCCGGCGGCGCCGCGUGAGUUCCCACUGGCUCGCGCAAAGCCAUCUUGGCAUUGUUCUGCCCGCCCGCCCGCGCCGCCGCAUCCCCGCGCGACACAGCCCCGCACGCCCCCGCCAUGUCCGACGCGGCCGUGGACACCAGCGCCGAGAUCUCCGCCAAGGAUCUAAAAGAGAAGAAGGAAGUUGUUGAAGAAACAGAAAAUGGCAGAGAUGCACCAGCCAACGGCAAUGCUGAGAACGAGGAAAACGGAGAGCAGGAGGCUGACAACGAAGUAGACGAAGAGGAGGAGGAAGGUGGCGAAGAAGAGGACGAGGAGGAAGAGGGUGAUGGUGAGGAAGAGGAUGGCGAUGACGACGACGAAGCUGAGGGAGCCACAGGCAAACGGGCAGCUGAGGAUGAUGAGGAUGACGACGUCGAUCCCAAGAAGCAGAAAACCGAUGAAGAUGACUAGGCAGCAAUUUUUUUUUUUUUUUUUUAAAAUAAGGAAGAAAACAAACCAACAAAAAAGGCCAGCGCGUCCUCUUCACCCUUGGGUCUCCCCUCGGGACUCCCGUUGCAGCCCCCUUUCCCUCACACAGCCCCUUCCUCCCCCCUCCGCCGUGGUCAUCCUCAGCAAGUAGAGCGAUCCCCGUCCCCGCCCCCGGCGCGGCGCUGCCACUCCACGAACAUGGAAAUGAUUCGCCCGUUAGCGGGGAGAGAAAAACCCCCCUUCCCCCACAAACCCUCUCCCCCCCGAGCACCAAAACUUCAAGGCCCUGCUUUCUUUCUUAAAAGUACUUUAAAGGAGAAUUUGUUUGUAUUUUUUAUUUACAUUUUAUAUUUUUGUACAUAUUGUUAGGAGGUCCGCCAUUUUUAAGUGAUCUCGGAUUGACCAAAAGGGGGGCUUUGAAGUGUAUAUCUCUCUUGUUACCUAUCUCUGACUUUACUUGUGGUGUGACCAGGCCCAAACCAUUAUCUCAAAGGAGAAUAAAACAAAACCUUGUAAAAAAAAAAAAUUACAAUCUUAUUCUGAGCAUUCCAGUAACUUUUUUUGUGUAUGUACUUUAGCUGUACCAUAGAUCGUGGUUUGUAUGAGGUGGCAAGGCCAAAGAUAAAAAGGUUUUCUUUUUUUUUUCUGUCUAUGAAGUUGCUGUUUAUUUUUAUUUUUUCUUUUUUUUUGGCCUGUUUGAUGUAUGUGUGAAACAAUGUUGUCCAACAAUAAACCGGAAUUUUAUUUUGC